AUUAUUUAUCUCUCUAUAAAGGAGGUUUUUGCCUUCCAUAUCAGUUGGACAUGAACAUACAGGUGAAGGCCCAUCCAUUCCUGUCCAGGAUGCUAGGUUAGACACUGGUUUGGUAGAAAAUUAAAAGGUGUAUUUCAAGCUCAUUCUGUGCUCAUUAGGAUUACUUACCUCCACAAGAGAGGACAAUUAUGUUGUUCUCUUUAUUUGGGCUCUGCAUCAGGAAAUCAUUUUAUAAAUACUAUCACAUGACUUAUUCCCUCCAUGUUUAAGAUUCCCUAAAUCAUACAAGCUAAUGUCAAAAUCAAGAUUCAAACUUUUCCAUACUAAAACUGUUCAAAGACUCCUUGCAAAAUACGCAUGUUAACUUAUACUUGGAAGUGCAAACAGUUUCACAGUCUCAAUGCAAUUAGUCUUAUUGUUCUUUGUUUCUGUUAUUACCUUAUUAUGUUCAUAAAAAUGGAUAAAUGGCACAGAAACAGGCAGAUUGUGACUUCGGGAUUCAUUCAUGCGUGUGUUAAGAAGGAGCAGCUUGAACAUUACAAAUGCAGUGGUGGGUUUUGAAGAGCUCUAGCAGCAACAGAAAUCUAUUUGAUGUUCGACAAGCAAACCACUUGGGUGGUACCAUCAUAGAUAGUGAAAUAUUCACAAAGUAUCAUGGGAAUAGGUGCCUUACUGCAUCAGGGGCAAAGACUGUUAUGAUUAAUGUAGUCAGGGGACUAAUUCCAUUGCAUCUAUAGAUUAAAAAUAUCACUCGGUAUAGCUAUGAGAGCAAAAGCUAGAGAGGUGGUUGUGUGUAUAUAUGUAUCUGUAUAAUGGUUUCAUUGGGCUAAUUUUUGGGCCUAAUUUCCUUCCCUUUCUUCUACAUGGGGAAAAGUUGGAAGUAAAGUAUUCCCAGACAUACUCAACUGGUUAAAGAACAAAUGAAUAGCUUUUUAAAACAAUUUAUAAUGUAAUAUAAGUUAGAAAAUCAAGCAAGAAGUAAUCCAAUGCAUUGGAUUAAUGUUUAGUAUGAAUAUUAACAUAACAUUCUUAAAAUACACCACAGUGGAGUAAGACCACCAGGACAGCUAAAAUCCAUUUUGAAAAACUCUAACCGGCAUAAUUCAGAAGCUGGUAAGAGACUUACAGGAACAUCACCAUGGUGUGUGAAUGUGGAUAAUGUCAGCUCUACCUCCUCUGUGAAGGGAGAAUCGGGAAGAAAAUUCCAUAUAAUACCUAAGAAGAUCCAAAAUAUUUUUAGAAAAUCUGGAGUUUAUGUGUCUUCUCGGGUAGACCCAAUUCUUGAAGUAUGGGAAGAAAAUACAUCUGCAACAGUAAUCCCCACUGAUGAUGAAAAAUAUAAAACAGAUAAUUUCUAUGCGGUGUCUUCUGAGCAUAGAAAUUCUAUUCCUAAGGCUACUGCUGAUCGUGAAGCUUCCACCUCUACUGCUGACAGCCUGGAUGCUGCCGAGCCUGACCCAACAAAUUCUACAAAUGCUACUGACUGUCUGGCUGCUCUUGAGCAUGAGCUGACUAAUUCCAACAACACUGCUGACUGUCUGGCUGACCUUGAGCCUGAUCCGACGAUUUCUACCAAUGCCGCUGACUUUCAGGCUGCUGUUGCACCAGAGCCAACUAUGUCCACCCACCCUGCUGACUGUCUGCCUGAUGUGGAACCAGAGCCAACUAUGUCCACCCACCCUGCUGACACUCUGGCUGCUCUUGAGCCUGAGCUGACUACUUUCAACAACACUGCUGACUGUCUGGCUGACCUUGAGCCUGAGCCAAACAUGUCCACCCACCCUGCUGACAGUCUGCCUGAUGUGGAACCAGAGCCAACUAUGUCCACCCACCCUGCUGACACUCUGGCUGCUCUUGAGCCUGAGCUGACCAAUUUCAACAACACUGCUGACUGUCUGGCUGACCUUGAGCCUGAUCCGACUAUUUCUACCAAUGCCGCUGACUUUCAGGCUGCUGUUGCACCAGAGCCAACUAUGUCCACCUACCCUGCUGACUGUCUGCCAGAUGUGGAACCAGAGCCAACUAUGUCCACCCACCCUGCUGACACUCUGGCUGAUCUUGAGCCUGAGCUGACUAAUUCCAACAACACUGCUGACUGUCUGGCUGACCUUGAGCCUGAUCCGACGAUUUCUACCAAUGCCGCUGACUUUCAGGCUGCUGUUGCACCAGAGCCUGCUAUGUCCACCUACCCUGCUGACUGUCUGCCAGAUGUGGAACCAGAGCCAACUAUGUCCACCCACCCUGCUGACACUCUGGCUGCUCUUGAGCCUGAGCUGACUAAUUCCAACAACACUGCUGACUGUCUGGCUGACCUUGAGCCUGAUCCGACGAUUUCUACCAAUGCCGCUGACUUUCAGGCUGCUGUUGCACCAGAGCCAACUAUGUCCACCCACCCUGCUGACUGUCUGCCUGAUGUGGAACCAGAGCCAACUAUGUCCACCCACCCUGCUGACACUCUGGCUGCUCUUGAGCCUGAGCUGACUACUUUCAACAACACUGCUGACUGUCUGGCUGACCUUGAGCCUGAGCCAAACAUGUCCACCCACCCUGCUGACAGUCUGCCUGAUGUGGAACCAGAGCCAACUAUGUCCACCCACCCUGCUGACACUCUGGCUGCUCUUGAGCCUGAGCUGACCAAUUUCAACAACACUGCUGACUGUCUGGCUGACCUUGAGCCUGAUCCGACUAUUUCUACCAAUGCCGCUGACUUUCAGGCUGCUGUUGCACCAGAGCCAACUAUGUCCACCCACCCUGCUGACUGUCUGCCUGAUGUGGAACCAGAGCCAACUAUGUCCACCCACCCUGCUGACACUCUGGCUGCUCUUGAGCCUGAGCUGACUAAUUCCAACAACACUGCUGACUGUCUGGCUGACCUUGAGCCUGAUCCGACGAUUUCUACCAAUGCCGCUGACUUUCAGGCUGCUGUUGCACCAGAGCCUGCUAUGUCCACCAACCCUGCUGACAGUAUGGCAGCUGUUGAGCCUGAGCCGACUAUGUCCACCCACCCUGCUGACAUUCUGACUGCUGAUGAGCCUGAACAUAAUAAUUCUACCAAAGCUGCUGACUGUCGGGCUGACCUUGAGCCUGAGCCAAACAUGUCCACCCACCCUGCUGACAGUCUGCCUGAUGUGGAACCAGAGCCAACUAUGUCCACCCACCCUGCUGACACUCUGGCUGCUCUUGAGCCUGAGCUGACCAAUUUCAACAACACUGCUGAAUGUCUGGCUGACCUUGAGCCUGAUCCGACUAUUUCUACCAAUGCCGCUGACUUUCAGACUGCUGUUGCACCAGAGCCAACUAUGUCCACCCACCCUGCUGACUGUCUGCCUGAUAUGGAACCAGAGCCAACUAUGUCCACCCACCCUGCUGACACUCUGGCUGAUCUUGAGCCUGAGCUGACUAAUUCCAACAACACUGCUGACUAUCUGGCUGACCUUGAGCCUGAUCCGACGAUUUCUACCAAUGCCGCUGACUUUCAGGCUGCUGUUGCACCAGAGCCUGCUAUGUCCACCUACCCUGCUGACUGUCUGCCAGAUGUGGAACCAGAGCCAACUAUGUCCACCCACCCUGCUGACACUCUGGCUGCUCUUGAGCCUGAGCUGACUAAUUCCAACAACACUGCUGACUGUCUGGCUGACCUUGAGCCUGAUCCGACGAUUUCUACCAAUGCCGCUGACUUUCAGGCUGCUGUUGCACCAGAGCCUGCUAUGUCCACCAACCCUGCUGACAGUAUGGCAGCUGUUGAGCCUGAGCCGACUAUGUCCACCCACCCUGCUGACAUUCUGACUGCUGAUGAGCCUGAACAUAAUAAUUCUACCAAAGCUGCUGACUGUCUGGCUGACCUUGAGCCUGAGCCAAACAUGUCCACCCACCCUGCUGACAGUCUGCCUGAUGUGGAACCAGAGCCAACUAUGUCCACCCACCCUGCUGACACUCUGGCUGCUCUUGAGCCUGAGCUGACUAAUUUCAACAACACUGCUGACUGUCUGGCUGACCUUGAGCCUGAUCCGACUAUUUCUACCAAUGCCGCUGACUUUCAGACUGCUGUUGCACCAGAGCCAACUAUGUCCACCCACCCUGCUGACUGUCUGCCUGAUGUGGAACCAGAGCCAACUAUGUCCACCCACCCUGCUGACACUCUGGCUGCUCUUGAGCCUGAGCUGACUAAUUCCAACAACACUGCUGACUGUCUGGCUGACCUUGAGCCUGAUCCGACUAUUUCUACCAAUGCCGCUGACUGUCGGGCUGCUGUUGCACCAGAGCCCGCUAUGUCCACCAACCCUGCUGACAGUAUGGCAGCUGUUGAGCCUGAGCCGACUAUGUCCACCCACCCUGCUGACAUUCUGACUGCUGACGAGCCUGAACAUAAUACUUCUACCAAAGCUGCUGACUGUCGGGCUGACCUUGAGCCUGAGCGAAACAUGUCCACCCACCCUGCUGACAGUCUGCCUGAUGUGGAACCAGAGCCAACUAUGUCCACCUACCCUGCUGACACUCUGGCUGCUCUUGAGCCUGAGCUGACCAAUUUCAACAACACUGCUGACUGUCUGGCUGACCUUGAGCCUGAUCCGACUAUUUCUACCAAUGCCGCUGACUUUCAGGCUGCUGUUGAACCAGAGCCAACUAUGUCCACCUACCCUGCUGACUGUCUGCCAGAUGUGGAACCAGAGCCAACUAUGUCCACCCACCCUGCUGACACUCUGGCUGCUCUUGAGCCUGAGCUGACUAAUUUCAACAACACUGCUGACUGUCUGGCUGACCUUGAGCCUGAUCUGACUAUUUCUACCAAUGCCGCUGACUGUCGGGCUGCUGUUGCACCAGAGCCCGCUAUGUCCACCAACCCUGCUGACAGUAUGGCAGCUGUUGAGCCUGAGCCGACUAUGUCCACCCACCCUGCUGACAUUCUGACUGCUGACGAGCCUGCACAUAAUACUUCUACCAAAGGUGCUGACUGUCUGGCUGACCUUGAGCCUGAGCCAAACAUGUCCACCCACCCUGCUGACAGUCUGCCUGAUGUGGAACCAGAGCCAACUAUGUCCAAUCACCCUGCUGACACACUGGCUGCUCUUGAGCCUGAGUCGACUAAAUCCUCCAAUGCUGCUGACUGUCUGGCCUAUGUUGAGCCAGAGCCAGCUAUGUCCACCCACCAUGCCAACAGUCUGGCUGCUCUUGAGCAUGAGCUGUCUCAUGCCAACAAAGAUGCUGACUGUCUGGCUUCUCUCAAGGCUGAGCUGAUUAAUUCCACCAAUGCUACUGAUUGUCUGGCUUCUGUUGGGACUGAGACAACCAUGUCCACCCAGCCUACUGACAAUUUGGCAGCUGUUGAGCCUGAACAUAAUUCCACCAAUACUGCUGACGGUAAGGACUCUGUUGAACAAGAGCCAUCUAAGCCCACCUACCGUGCCGACAGCCUGGCUGCUCUUGAGCAUGAGCUGACUAAUUCCAACAACACUGCUGACUGUCUGGCUUCUCAGAAGGCUGAGUCAAUUGAUUCUACCAAUGCUACUGAUUGUUUGGCUUCUGUUGGGACUGAGACAACUAUGUCCACCCACCCGGCUGACAAUAUGGCUACUGAUGAGCUUGAGGCUACACAUUCCACCAAUGCUGCUUACUUUCUGGCGGCUCUUGAGCCCCAGUCGACUAAUUCCUCCAAUGCUGCUGAUAUUCUGGCUUCUGUUGGGUCUGAGACAACCAUGUCUACCCACCUUGCUGAUAUUCCUAUUGCUCAUGAGCCUCACUAUAAUGAUUCUACCAAUGCUGCUGACAGUCUGGACUCCGUUGAGCCAGAGCCAGCUAUGUCCACCCACCGUGCCGACAGUCUGGCUGCUCUUGAGCAUUAG